AUUAUGGCGCGCCCUCCGCCAUUAAACUACUCCUCCCCUCUCCCUCCCCCGCCAGCGAAACGAUAAAUCAAUUCCCGUGGUUUUUAAUCGCGGGGGAUUUGUAUUCAUUACGGCCGGAAAACUGGGGGCUCCUUUAUAAGCGCGUCGGGGCGCGGCGUGCUCACACGAGGCAGCGCUUGCAUCUCGCGCACGAACCCUGGGGAGAGGAGGAGAGAGGGAGGCGAACCACCGCCGCUGCUGCGAGGCGAAUAGCACGAGCUGGGGCGGAGUUGGAGGCGGCGGCGCGGGGAUUUGCUUGAGGAAGGUGGGGGGAAGGAGGAGGAGAGAGGCCGGCGAUGGCGGCGUCCGCGAGGCCCGGGGAGAGGGCGACUAGCUUCGCCGUGGCGUGCAGCCUCCUCAGCCGCUUCGUCCGCCAGAACGGCGCCGCGGCCGCCGAGCUCGGCCUCGGGAUCAAAGGUGAGGCCGAGCCGCAGACGAGGAGCUUGCUGCCUGGAGCCGAGGCCGAGGAGGCGGAGAGGAGGAAGGAGACCAUGGAGCUGUUCCCCCAGAGCGCCGGGUUCGGCGUGAAGGAUGCUGCUAGGGAGCCAGAAAAGAAAGAUAAAUCUCAGCAGCUCACCAUCUUCUACGGAGGGAAGGUGCUGGUGUUCGACGACUUCCCAGCCGACAAGGCAAAGGACCUGAUGCAGCUGGCCAGCAAGAGCAACCCGAUGGUUCAGAACGUUGGCUUGCCUCAGCCCUCUGCACCCGCAACUGUCACCGACAACAGGAAGGUCCACAAGGCCAUGCCUACCCCUGUGAGCAGCUUGCCUGUUGCUCAGGCUGCUGAUGCUCAGAAGCCUGCUCGUACAAAUGCUUCUGACAUGCCUAUUGCUAGGAAGGCGUCACUUCACCGCUUCCUUGAGAAGAGAAAGGAUCGCCUCAACGCAAAGACACCGUAUCAAACUUCCCCUGUCGACGCUACACCAGUCAAGAAGGAGCCUGAGAACCAGCCAUGGCUUGGACUAGGACCAAAUACCGUGAAGCCCAACCUGAGUUAGCACGACACUCAACCAAUAAGAUGGCACCGCAACCUCACCAAACCUUUGCAUAAGGUUCUGAAUAUGCUUGCCAUUAGAGUAACGAAAUCACAAAUAUUCUCUCGUUAUCGUGUUGUUUAGAGCUUUCUUUAGGUCGUGGUUCUACGUCCUCUUGUCACAUAGUUCUGGAUGUAAAGAAAAAGUAGCCAGUCAUGACCAUUACCCAGAGUCCGAGAGAAGUUUUGGGUUGUUAACACACGGCGACUCUGAAUUGGCCAUGCUAAGUAAAAUGAUAGUGCAAAGAGACCUAUAUGUAUUUUUUCUGAAACCUGGAUCGUUUGGCUCUAGCCUUGAUGUAUGCAGAACAAGUGAUUGUAAUGGAUCCAGCGUAUCAUAAGACUAGUAUUGUUGUUUUCUGAUCA